UCCUAAUGGCAAUUGCCUUGGGUUUAUUUUAUUACACAGCGUUACGUAUCGUCUCUCUCACUCCAUAUGUUUCGUAGUUUCCAGAGUUGACCUAUCCAGUGAGAGUGUCAAAACGACAUGGUGUCUAUAAGUAGUGUAGAAGAACGCUCUGAAGUGUAAAGGUUAAUCUGUGAAACGGCAGGCCAUCUGUUUGUCAUUUUCGUCUCUUUCUUUAAGAGCCAAAAGAAAAAGGAGAGACCUUUAUCGAUUUUGUGAGGGUAAGAUCCAGAGAUUGCAUCAGCUUCAACAUUUAUUAUAAAAUCCAGUUUGUCUCAUGAGACAUGACUUCUUCAGUGCAUGAGCUCUCAGAUAACAAUGAAAGUCAUAAGAAGCAAGAACGUCCAGAUUCCCAAACUCCACCACCGGUUCCUUCAGGACCGUGUUCUGAAUCUAUAGAUACAAGCUCCGUCUACUCAGAGCCGAUGGCGCAUGGGCUCUACCCGUAUCCAGAUCCUUACUACAGAAGCGUCUUUGCACAUCAAGCGUAUCUUCCACAUCCAUUUCCUGGGGUUCAAAUGCAGUUAAUGGGAAUGCAUCAACAAGUGGUUCCAUUACAGUGUGAUGCAGUCGAGGAGCCUGUGUUUGUUAACGCAAAGCAAUACCACGGUAUACUCAGGCGUAGGCAAUCCAGGGCAAAACUUGAGGCUCGGAACAGAGCCAUCAAGUCAAAAAAGCCAUAUAUGCAUGAGUCUCGGCAUUUGCAUGCGAUAAACCGUCCAAGGGGAUGUGGAGGCCGGUUUCUCAAUGCUAAGAAGAAGAAUGGAGACCGUAAGGAAGAGGAGGAGGAGGCAACCUCUGAUGAGAACACUUCAGAAGCAAGUUCUAGCAUCAGGUCUGAGAAAGCAGCCAUGGGUCCUAAUGUCAGUAGAUCUUGAGUAAAGGCUCCUGCACAACAACAAGUUUAGUUUUGUAUUUUGGGUGGAUGUUUGUAUCAGGGAAUAUUGUUUUUAUGUUUUGGACACUCUCUGUAGACUGUGUAUAGGUUUAUUAUUGCUUGGAGCAGAUAGGGUGGUGGUUUUGUUUUAGUGUUUAGAAAUAAAACUGAGCAGGAAAUGAAUAGUGUGAUUGAAUGUAUUGUCUGUGCCAAAACAAAUAUUCUUUGGCAAUGAAUGAUGUUUGGAAAACUUAACCAAUGUUAUUAGCUUUGUUUA